ACAGCACAGCCUUGUUUGUUGAUUUAAAAGGAGGGAGUUAUGGAGAGCCUUUUGGGGUGCCACUUGGCAGGAAUCUGACAUUGGCCAUGACAAGGAAAUGAGCUCCAGGCAGGAAUCUGACAUUGGCCAUGACUGGGAUGUAAGCUCAGACAGGAAUCUGACAUCAGGGCAUGAUAAGGAAGACAGCUGUGGAGCUCAAGCGGCACCCAGUGUGACAGUGAAGCCACCACUGACCCGGAGAACCAAUGUCACAUGGACGGCCAACACUGCCUGUAGCCACUGCUAUACUGCGUGGACUCCAUCCGCUGACACCUGCCAUCAUUCACCACGUGGAUUGUCAGUGCUGCUGCAGGCCAUGGCUGCUGCGGCCACGACUGCUAUGAGACUCACAGACUUCUACCACCUCCUGUUGCAGGAUUACCAGCCACUGUCCACAGAAGACCAGCUGUCCACAGAGGAACCUGAUGCUAAUGUUUACCAAGUGGAUCCUGAUGGUGAAAGUCAGCUACACCCCAAAACUGACGACGCCCCAAGACAGCAGGAGGCAGCUUAAGAGACAGGAUGCCCUCAUUCUCUUUUCACCAUCAGCUUCCCCCUCCCUUUCCCCCCACUUCUCUUUAUAAUAACAAGAAGGGAGUUAUGUUGGUAUCAGGACCUCCAAAACCCGUGACAUCACAUGGGUGGGACCUGCAGUCCUGUUGCCAAGGUAACAAUCACCAUAUUCCAGAAUCUACUUGGCUUACCUCCCACCUUUACCUGUGAUAUGUCAUCACCCAUAUAUAACCCCUCCCAUCUCUCUCUUUCUCUUCCCCCCUUCUCUUUCUGCCACCACGUUGCCCCUCUCUCUCCUAAUAAACCUCUGACAGGUGGAACUGCUUUGGCCUGGUGUGCUAUAUUUAGACACAAGCCGCUGUUCUAACACAUCAACAAUGGGUCAGCAACAAGUUUCCAGCCCCACGCCCCAGUAAUGGUUCUGGAAUGUCCCUAGAGAUAGAGGAAGAUAAAGGUCACCCGCCCUGGAAUUCCCUUCAUGUGCUCUAAAUCUGGCCUGCAAGCUCACUUGGUUGUCUCUCUAUCUUGGUAAUGGGGGACCCCAGCAUGCUGGACUUCUACAGAAUAAAACAUACUUUAUCUAUUUGA